AUGGAGGCUCUUGGCGUCCUCGCAAACGUCAUAGCCGUCGUUGACCUCUCUGCCAAACUCGGAAUUGUUUGUGGCGAGUACGUUAGCAAAGCACGCAAGGCCAAAGAAGACGCCCGAAAGCUCAAAGAGGAGAGCGACGCCCUUGCCCGGAUUAUUGGCCAGCUCCAGGAUCUUCUAGGGGACGAAAGUGCCGAACAAAGUCAUAAGAGACAGCUCAACGCCUCUGAAACAUUCCGUCAUGAUGUAAAGCAAUGCGAGACGAUGCUCCGCGUGUUGACGGAGAGACUUGACCCUAGCAAGAACCCAAGCAGGUUGAAAAUGAUCGGGAACUCACUCAAAUGGCCGUUCACCAGCACUGAGGUCUCUCAAAGCGUUGACAGUCUACGCCACUGGAGAGACUGUUUCUUAGCAGCCUUGCAGGUGGAUCACAUGCAUCUUGCGCUUCAGCGUGAAGACAUAGAGGAUAUCCAAAGUCUACCCAGUGCCUCAGGCGCCGCUUUCGACUCCUAUGAUAAUGACUCAGCGCGAUGUUGUCACCCCGACACCAGACAACAGCUCCUUCGCGACAUUUUGGAGUGGGCGGAUGACCCAGAUGGGAAAUGCAUCUUUUGGUUACGCGGCCCAGCAGGCACUGGAAAGUCCACCAUCUCAAAGACAGUUGCAAAGGUGUUCGCGGACAGAGGUCAACUUGCUGCAAGCUUUUUCUUCAACAGAACACAAGAAGGCCGUAACACGGCUAAACUAUUUGUGACCACGAUCGCAAGGCAACUCGCUGGAAGGGUUCCUGCGCUCAAGGGUCCUAUUCUCCGAGCCAUAAAAGAAGAUCAGGACUUGCCGGAUAAAUCCAUGGAGUUUCAAUUCUCUAAGCUGAUAUUGGAACCACUCAACAAUAUCGAGCUGUCCGGCGUCACUUUUCACGCCCUGAUUCUGGUCGUCGAUGCUUUGGACGAGUGCGGUUUCGAGCAUCGUUCGGCGGUCGAUGAGAACAGCAGCCGACAAAUCAUCAACAUCCUAUCAAGACUAUCCACGGUAUGCGGCAUCAAAGCUAGAAUCUUCUUAACUAGUCGACCCGAGGUCCCCAUUCUGUUGGGGUUCCUCGAAGAUGUGCCAACCAGUUCUCACCAAGACGUGGCACUACACGACAUACCCGAGCCCAUCAUCGAACACGACAUCCGGGCAUUCAUAGAAAGUGAACUAGGGGCUAUCCGUGUGUCUCAUGCCAUUGCUCAAGACUGGCCCGGUGACGAUGUAGUGACACAGCUCGUCAAAGCCUCUGUUCCACUUUUCAUCUACGCAUCUACCAUUUGUAAAUUCAUCGACGACAGAAGACGAAGGUUCAGGCCCCAAGCACAGUUAGAUAAGGUCCUGCGUCAAAGCGAAGGCUUCCGAACUGGGAGUGAAAUCACAUAUAGGCCAAUUCUGGAUCAACUGGUAGAGGAUCUGGAAGAAUGCGAACGCAAGGAGCUACUCGCGCGGUUUCGCAACGUCGUGGGCGCCAUCAUAUUGUUAGCGGAUCCACUCUCAAUCACUUCCCUUGGAGAGCUCUUGGGUCUCGAAAACGACGAGAUCCGCUACCUAUUGAACAGCCUCCACUCCGUCCUGGAUGUGCCUGAGGAUGACCAGCCAGGACACUCAGUCAGGCUCUUCCAUUUGUCAUUCCGAGAGUAUCUGUUACAGCCCCACUCUAGCGGUGAUAAGUCUUAA